UGUUCCCAAUGACACUCUUCUGUUACGGGGAAGCGUGCUGCUUUUAAUUCAUCUUUGUUUUUGCUCAGCUUACUUUAUAUAAAUACACAUAUGCAUAUACACAGAUAUGCACCCACAUAAAUUCUCAUAAUCACCGUCGCAAGGGCGCCAAGCCUCCCUUUUCUUGCUUUCUUUUCUUCUCUUUUUCUGUCAGGGCUUUCAGCUCCUUCAACAAUUAAUUCCAUGGCUGCUGCAGUUUGAGUGGAUGAAACCUUGGCAGCCAUGGCAGAAACUUCAGUCAUCCCAUGCCACCACCCUGACCAGAAGAAGCCACUGAAGCUAUUCGGCUUCCAGGUCUACGAGGAAGAUGAUUCUAGUUCAUCUAACCAUGGUGGUGGAUCUUCGGAAUCCGGUGCGAAUCCCGGUGGAGACGGCCGGAAGUACGAGUGCCAGUAUUGUUUCCGGGAGUUCGCCAAUUCUCAGGCACUGGGCGGCCAUCAGAACGCUCACAAGAAGGAGAGGCAACAGAUGAAGAGAGCGCAGAUGCAUGCUAAUCGGUAUCCGGCGGGGAGCACCUACGGCUUCCAACCCGUGUCUGGAUCCAUCGUUUUCUCACCCCACUCUUCAAGGCCCAUAGUUGGCUACACCAGUGAACUUAAGAACUUGCCGGCUCCGGCCAUGUUGCCGUCGGCGCGCUCUCCGUCGUGGGGCUACCCCUCUCAGCCUGUCGCCGGCUUUGCUGGGGGGCCGUUUAUGGCUUUUCAUGGCCCUGGUAUGACAUCACCGCCAGCAACUUACAGUUCCUUGCCGCCGUCGCCGCGGCAAACGUUUCAAGGUGGCAGCAGCAGCCACCACUCGUCAGUGCCUUACUUACCUUCGCACUCCUUUGCUUCACCUUCGCCGACAAAGUUCUCCGGCGACGGAGACCAAGAAGUCGGCUUGGAUCUGCAUCUGAGCCUUGGACCAGCUGCACCAUGAACUAUGCGUUUCGAAGCUCCCCAAGAUAAACCGGCUUCUCUGAACUUGUCUAUAGGCUUCGCUCCGCUCAGCCCGGCUCGACUCGGUUUACAUAAGAUGCCUGGUUUGAGAGGCUAGACAGGAUGUUUCUUAGCUGGUAUUGUAAAUCUUCCUUUUUAUUUUUUAUUUCUUAAUGAAAAUUGAGAGUUAAUCUUCAAUGAAA